GGAUUCGGUGGAAAAUGUGCGAUUCUUGGACACCCGGGAGCCUCACCAACAGCUCGUCGUCGUCGAUGUGGCCUGUCCGAGGACGAGUGAGCUACUUUUGGCCGCUCGUCAUCGAAUCUACCACCGAACUCGAUGGGUCUUGCUGGAUGGUCAUCGUGGGCAGAUGGAGCCCGAACGACGAGUGUUUGAGGCAGUUGGUUCGUUACCGGUUACUGGAAGCAGUGAAGUUUACUAUUUCAGUACAAAUUUGAUUGGUGGAAACGUUUCGAUCAGAAAUGGUAUUUUCAUAUUAGUAUAACCGGAACAAUCUAAUGGAUUUUGAACUAGUUUACAGAAACUCAAUGCAAAGUGAGCUUAUCAGCGAAGAGAUUGGCAUCUGGUGCAAUGGAGUCAUUGACGACCGACGAGCAGGUCGUUCGGUGUCAGUUCGACGGAAGAACCUAAAACUCCUGCCGCUAAGGACAACUCUUCUCUAUACCGAUAACUACACGCUGGAUCAUUUUGAUGACUAUGAAAACCCUCAAAUCGACACUCCCAACCGUCUUUCUUACCUUAUGAUCAACUCGCUGUACCGAAUCUACCUGAACGCAACAUUCGUGAAACGUUACAGCACAACGUGGUGCUAUCCGAACCCAAAGACCGGUGGCCUGAUCGGAGUGUGUGUCGAUCUGAUCAACAACCACUCGGAAGUGGGAGCCUUCAUGUUCAUCACAACAAGCAGGCUAAAAAUGAUGGACUUCUUACCGUUGGGCAUGGAGGGAACGCUAAGUUUCAUCUUCAAGGCACCGAAGCUUUCUAUCAUGAACAACAUUUUUGAACUGCCGUUUGAUCCAAUGGUUUGGGUUUGCCUGUUUAGUCUGGUAUUUGUGUUAGGCGUUACUUUUUAUCUUAUGACCAAGCUAAACGAUUUCCAAACUCGACCUCCAAGGAACAAAGAUAACAGCUAUGACCAGGUUUUCAACGCAAUCGCCAUAACUCUUCAGCAAGGUUCAUUAGUGGUUUCCAAAUCUGGUUCCCAACGCGCUAUAGUCCUUGUUAGUGUCGUUGGACUUUUGUUCUUGAGUGUCAGCUACUCCGCCAAAAUCAUCUCCCUUAUACAGACCCCGUCGGAACGGAUCAACAGCCUGACUGAACUGCUUUACUCGAGGCUUGAAGUUGGAGGACUCGACAUCCCGUACAAUCACUUCUAUCUAACUACUUCGACGGAACCAGUCCGAAAGGCUAUAUACGAGCAGAAGAUCAGACUUAAGAACGGAUCAUUGAACAUGUUUUCAUUGGAUGAGGGUGUUGCUAGAGUUAAAAAGGGACUGUUUGCGUUGCACGUCCAAAUAGCGGCCGCCGAACAGCUGAUUAGCGAAACGUUCGACGACACCGAAAAGUGCUACCUCCGGAAGCUGAACUUUGUGGACUAUACCGUGAUCUACCUGGCGGUCCAGCGGAACUUCACCCUCCGGGAGCACUUUCAGGUGGGGCUGGCCAAGAUUCGUGAGUGCGGCGUGUUCAACCGGGAGUUUAUAAUGAUACGGCUGAAGCCGACGCUAAGCUGCGUCAAGGGAACGGACUUUCAACCGUUGAGCGCGGUGGAUGUGCGAUUUGCGAUGGAGUUGAUUGGGGUGGGACUGCUGGGAACGCUGCUGGUGCUGGCGGCGGAGAUCGGGUGGAGCAGGUAUCAGUAUAACCGGCUGCCGGUGUUUGAAUAUGUUGAGUAG